GGCAACAAAAAUCUCGUAGUAGGUUACGAUUUCAACAAUGGUCUCGACCUUGGUGCGCUUUUGCGCUCCCUUCACUCCACCGGCUUCCAAGCCGCGCAUUUGGGCCAGGCGAUCGUAGAGGUCAACCGCAUGACAUUAUUGGAAUAUCAUUUUACAGAUUGAUCACGUUCAGAUACUGGAGAGCCAGGGUGUUGGAUCAUACCUGUAUAAUUUCUAGACUGGCGGUUGAGUGAUGAUCCCAUAGAUGAAGACACUAAUGAUGAUUAUAAAGAUCCAGAAUAUCGGAAAGGAGUGAAGUGUAAGAUUUUCUUGGGAUGUACUUCCAAUCUCAUAUCGUCUGGAGUUCGAGAAACUAUUAGAUUUCUCAUUGAACACAAAAUGAGAUCAUGGUGGUGCUGCGCCUUCAGGUAGAUGUGCUGGUUACUACAGCGGGUGGAAUUGAGGAGGAUCUUAUCAAGUGCUUAGCACCCACUUAUAUGGGCGACUUCGCUAUGCAAGGAGCCCAGCUUCGUUCCAAGGGUCUCAAUCGCAUUGGAAAUCUGUUGGUGCCCAAUGAUAAUUAUUGCAAAUUUGAAGAUUGGGUUGUACCCAUUCUUGAUCAACUUUUAGUUGAGCAGAAAGAUCAGGGUACAUUGUGGACCCCGUCAAAAGUCAUAGCCAGACUUGGGAAGGAGAUCAAUCACCCAGACUCCAUAUGCUACUGGGCACAUAAGAACAAUAUACCUAUAUACUGCCCUGCACUUACUGAUGGUUCGUUAGGGGAUAUGAUCUACUUCCACUCUUUUCGCAACCCUGGCCUUGUCAUAGACAUUGUUCAAGAUAUCCGGGGAAUGAAUGGUGAAGCUGUGUAUGCCUCACCCUCAAAAACAGGAAUUAUCAUUUUAGGGGGUGGCCUCCCAAAGCACCACAUUUGCAAUGCAAACUUAAUGCGGAAUGGAGCAGAUUUUGCUGUCUUCAUUAAUACGGCCCAAGAGUAUGAUGGCAGUGACUCGGGAGCACGACCUGAUGAAGCAGUCUCGUGGGGAAAGAUCCGCGGCAAUGCUAAUUCAGUUAAGGUUCAUUGUGACGCCACGAUUGCAUUUCCCCUUUUGGUAUCACAAACAUUUGCUCCUAGGGUGAAUCUGGAGGGGUACGCUAGGAGUGGAUCUGAUUCAAGUUAAAUUACAUGUGCAGCUGCACAUUGAGCAUACACACACAUGCUGCGUUCCGUGGUUAAUUUUUGUUACAUCCAGAUUAAGAAGAGAUGUCAUAGAACAGAAACCACAAUACAGUGCAUGUUUUGUGCAUGUACAGUGGUAGGAUUAAUUACAUUAUUGGAUUUGAUUUUCGUAAGGUAUCGUUUCUUUGUAGCAAUUUGUGACGUAGAUUUCUAUUAUUGUUAAGUUUCGGACUUACAAGUCUGAAGUGGAUAAUUAGAACAUUACAUCUCCAUUCUUCAUUGCUACUGCGGUGAAAAUACGAACCUAACCCUCAGAAAACAUGUUGCACUUUUAUUACACCAAUUUGGUAGGACACGUCGUGCCGAAGUCUUAGUUGGACUGAGGGGUUGUUUACACUGAGUGAACAUCUGCAACACCAACGGUUAAUUUUUUUUUAGAGUGUUCCGGAUUUCAUCUUGAAGAUUGUAGUUUACCUGGGGUGUGUCAAAUUUUCAUAACAUUUAGUGUACACACCAAUUCAUAUUAUAUUAAUAUUUUUUUAAUCCAAA